AUGGGACCCUCAUACAUGAUCAGGAUCACGAAGCGCGUGGCAAUCGCCCAAGUCGCCGGCACCUGGCUUUUCUCUUUUCUGAUGUUCUGCCCUUUAAUCAUCGCCUGGGAUGUCUAUGUUGGCAACUCGCUCGCAGAGGACAUGGUCUGCGAAGCGAAAUUCAUGCACGACAGCGUCGUCGUAAUAAUCCAUGCGGUCGUCGCGUUCAUCAUCCCAUUCGUAUGUAUGACGUCAGUGAAUGUCUUUAUCUACGUUAAAAUAAAGCAGCGCUUAAUGAUGAAACAGGCCGGGAAUAUUCCUGUGUCAACCAUUAAUCCUGAUAAUCAAACCGCGACAGCCGCCCCCAAACCUAGAACAGACCGAAAUGAAAACAGACGACACCUGAAGGCGGCCAAGUUUCUCACCAUGAUUGUCGCGGCUUUUUGGCUCUUCUGGUCGCCCAUGGCCUUUACAACUGUUCUCAUAUCUUUCUGGGACGAUUGCUUGAACCAAAGCCUGUAUGUGGUUUUCUACUAUUUAGUCUGGGUGAAAUCCUCCGUCAACCCGUUCCUGUAUGCGUACAACAGUCCCAGGUACCGCAUGAACUUCCAGCGAUUCCUAUCGUGUAAUAGCAGGCAUCAGUUUAGGAAAAGAGAACAGAACGUCGAGUCGGCAAUCACAGUCCAAACCAGCCCCGAUUGA